GGACCGGGGGGGCCGGUCCGCGGCGCGGCGGGGGGGCGGGAAAGCCCGCGGCCGAGGCCCCGCGGCGCCGGAAUUCCCCGGGGGGGCCGCGCUCAUAAGGCGCCGCCGCCGCCGCACGGCGACACCCGCCGCGCUGCCGCCGCCGGGACCGGACGGGACGGGACGGGACGGGAGGGACGGGGCGAGCUGAGACCAGCGGAACCGGGCCGGGCCGAGACGAGCGGAACCGGGAGGAGCCGCGCUGAAACGAGCGGAACCGGGUCGCGCCGAGCCGGGAGGAGCCGCGCUGAGUUGAGCCGAGCGGAGCCGGAGCCGGAGCCGGAGCCGGAGCCGGGCUGAAUCGAACCGAACUGAACCGGGCCGAGCCGGGACGCGCGGAGCCGGGAGGAGCCGCCCUGAGCUGAGCCGAGCGGAGCCGGAGCUGAAUCGAACCGAACCGGGCGGAGCCGGGACUUGCUGAGCGGAGCCGAGCGGAGCCGAACCGAACCGCACCGAACCUCGCGGAGCCGGUGCCGGUGGCCGCGCCAUGCGCCCCUCCCCGCUGCUGCCGGCGCUGUGCGUCCUGUGCGCGCUCGCAGGGCGGCUGCAGGCCUCCUUCGAGCUGUCCAUCGAGCCGGCGGUGCCGGUGGUGCAGCACGGCGGCUCCAUCCGCCUGGCGUGCAGGACCACGUGCCCGGACCCCGCCGCCAAGGGCAACCUGGAGACGUCCAGCCUCAAGCGCAACUUCCAGUCGGGCCCCGGCGAGAUGUCCGUGGAGCUCAUCAACGUCACCGAGUGGCACUCCAGCAUCCUCUGCUUCUACACCUGCGCCGGCGUGAGGAAGACCGUGUCGGCCGACCUCAUCGCCUACAGCGCCCUGGAGCAGCCGGUGCUGGAGCCGGUGCCGUGGAUGGAGGAGGGCGCGAGCCACAACCUGACGUGCAAGGUGCCCGCGGUGGCGCCGGCCAGGAACCUCACCGUCACCCUGGGCCGGGGCGCCGAGACGCUGCGCGCCGGGACCUUCGAGCACGACGCCGACCUCAGCCCCCACCAGGUGCAGGUGACCCAGCGGAUAACGGCGCGGCGCCGGCACCACGGGCAGAACGUCACCUGCCAGGCGGAGCUGAGCCUGGAGCCCCACGGGCCCCGCCUGAGCAGCGCCGCCGCCCCCGCCGCGCUGGCCGUCUACGCUUUCCCGGAGGACCCUGAGCUGAACGUCACAACCCACUUGGAAGUCAACGAGACGGCCAACGCCACCUGCACCAUCCGCACCUUCUUCCCGGAGGCGCGAUUCGCCCUCUCCCUGGACGGGCAGCCGCUGCCGGCCUCCGUCUCCGAGGAGGGGCACCGCGCCGUGGCCGAGCUCGCCCUGCCGCGGCCGGGAGCCUUCGAGGUGCUGUGCACCGGGAGCGUGGGGCCCCAGGAGCGCCAGGCGCGGGCCACGGUCCACGUCCACAGCUUCCCGGCGCCGCAGCUGCACGUGAGCACGGCCAUCCCGGUGGCGGGCGAGGAGGUGGCGGUGCAGUGCACGCUGCCCAAGGGGCACUCGUCAGCGCUGCGGCUGCGGCUGCACAGCGGCGGCCGUCCCGCGACGCCCUGGGGCCCCUCACCGCUGCGCCGGGCCCUGGCCGCCCGCGAGGAGGACGACGGCGCCGAGCUCUUCUGCGAGGCCGAGCUGCCCAACAGCGGCAAGGCCCCCAAGGCCAGCGCGCCCGUCCGGCUCACCGUCGCCUACGGGCCCCGCAUGGACGAGGCGGGCUGCCCCCAGCAGCAGACCUGGACGGAGGGGCGGGAGGCGGCGCUGCGCUGCUCGGCCCGCGGCAACCCGCCGCCCCGCGUGGAGUGCGCCCGCGACGGGCGGCCCUUCCCCGUGGCGCAGCCGCAGCCGGCGGCGCGGGCCCACGCCGGAACCUACCGCUGCCGGGCCGCCAACCGGCUGGGCGACGCCGGGCGCACCGUGGAGGUGCUGGUGGAGUACUACGACCCCCCCGUGCUGCUGGCCGUGCUGCUGGCCAUGGCUGCCCUGGCCGCCGCGUGCGCCGCCGGGGUCGGCUACAGCAUCUACUACCGCAAGAAGAAGAUCCGCCGGUACAAGCUGCAGGAGAGGCAGCGGCAGAUGGAGAUGCAGCCCAUGGUCGGGCGCUCGCCGGAGGUGGCUGCUCCCAACGGAUCGGCACCGGCGGCCGGGCCGUACAGGGCUGGGAGUGCCCCGGCGGUGACACGGAGCCGUGUCUGGGUCAAGGCCAGUGGGAUCCCCGGUGCCGGCAGGAUCCGUGGUGCUGGGGGUAUCCCCGAUGCCAGUGGGAUCCCCAGUGCCAGCAGGAUCCCCAGAUCCACCAGGAUCCCCAGUGCUGCAUGCGCGCCGGGGCCGGGGCAGCUGCCAACCCCACUUCCUUCCUGGCGGCCCCGGCGCCAUUUGCCUGCCACUGCGUCCAGGGGAGCGAGGCCGGAGCCGGGAGGCGCGGGAUACCCUGAGCCAGCCCCGCUCCCGUCCCGUCCCGGCGUCGCCUCCCGCCCUGCCGCAGCGAUGCCCCGGCGCGGCCGCCUGGCCCUGCCCCUCGCCACGAUGCUCCUGGCCUUGUUCGGCCGCGCAGCGCCGGGAGCCGCCGGCAGCUCCUUCGCGGUGGUGGUGGCGGGGCCGGAGACGGUGCCCUACGGCGAAGCCGCCCUGGUCAACUGCUCCACCACGUGCCCGGCGGCGGAGGCGGCCGGCGGCCUGGAGACCUCGCUGGCCAAGGGGAGCCUGGAGCAGGGCCCCGGCUGGCUGGCGGUGCGGCUGCACAACGUCACCGAGCCCCGCGCGCGGCUCCUCUGCUACUUCACCUGCUUCGGCCAGAGGAAGACGGCCGCCCUCACCCUCAUGGCCUACCGCUUCCCGGACCCGUACCUGGCCAUCAGCGAGCCCAACGCCUCCCUGCACGAGCCGGUGGCCGUCGAGUGCUCCACGGCACCCAGCCAGCCGCCGGGGCUGCAGCUGUGGCUCCGCAGCAGCCACGGGGCCCAGGUGUCCGGGACGGAGGGCCACGUCCUCCUGAACCUGACGGCCCACGAGGAAGACGACGGGCUGGAGUUCGUCUGCGAAGCUGAGCUGCCCGUGGGCAAUCAGACGCUGCAGAAGAAAUCGGCCCCGGCCAAGCUCAGCGUCUUCUACGGGCCCCGCAUGGACGAGGCGGGCUGCCCCCAGCAGCAGACCUGGACGGAGGGGCGGGAGGCGGCGCUGCGCUGCUCGGCCCGCGGCAACCCGCCGCCCCACGUGGAGUGCGCCCGCGACGGGCGGCCCUUCCCCGUGGCGCAGCCGCAGCCGGCGGCGCGGGCCCACGCCGGCACCUACCGCUGCCGGGCCGCCAACCGGCUGGGCGACGCCAGGCGCACCGUGGAGGUGCUGGUGGAGUACUACGAAUUCCCUGUGCUGCCGGCCGUGCUGGUGACCGUGGCUGUGCUGGCCUUCGCGUGCGCCGCCGGGGUCGGCUACGGCUUCUACCACCACAAGAAGAAGAUCCGCCGGUACAAGCUGCAGGAGAGGCAGCGGCAGAUGGAGAUGCAGCCCAUGGUCGGGCGCUCGCCGGAGGCGGCUGCUCCCAACGGAUCGGCACCGGCGGCCGGGCCGUAGCGGGGGCCGCAGGGUCACCUGGGACUGACCCCCCCCAGCAGCACCCCCCCGGGAUACGCUGUCCCACGGAGGCGGGGAAGGACUCAGGGUAGGGCCCAGGCGUCCGGGUGGGAAGGGCCCAGGGGGUUCCGGCUCCGGCCCAGCUCCCGGCGUGGCCGCGUGGCGCAAAGCGCUGGGGCGACGGAGACGGGAUGGUGCCAAGCCGCAGCGGGGCCGCACAGGGUGAACCGGCUCCCGGAGCAGCUCCCUUGGCUGCAUCCAGCCGGCAGAAAAGCCUCGGUGCCGCGGAGCCCGUCGGUCGGUGUCUGCUCCGCGCCGGGAGCCAUACGGGGAGCGGGAAUGGCGCUGGGGAAGGGGAGCCCAGAGCAGGGGCUCCCCAUGGGCAGCAGGGAGGUGAGCGGGGGCUGCGGCUGCGGCUCCAGCACGGAGCUGCCGGCUGCCAGGGGAUCCAGCCCGGAGCCCCCCGGGAUCCCGCGCGUGCGGGCGGUGGCCGGCGCACCGGGUGCGGGGACGGGGAUGGGAUCCUCAGCGGUGCCGAGCGCUGGGGCCGGUUUGGGGGCAGCCGCACUGGGGCCCCCCCCCGUCACUGGAGCUUCAUUAAAAGGAU